UUACUUUUAACUAGUGAUUUUUAGUUUUUACCUAAUGGAGUUUCGAUAAACCCAUUAACGUCCCAAAACUAAUAUAGUGAGACGAGCAAUUAUUCAUUUUGAGAAUACUGGCAAAACCCCAUUUAAUAAGCAAAAAUCUUAGCUGCAAACAAAAUUAAAUCUCCCGAGUAUGGCGUGAACACUCAGCAGAUUUUAUUAUGAAAAAAUGUCUUAAGGCGACUGUCGUGAAAUUUCCAAGUUUAGAUUCUUAACCAAAAGGAAAAAGUGGGAUUGGAGAAGCGAGUGACGUUAUCUGUUGGAAAAAGGGAGGGUGAAAGCGAGACGGCUGGACUCCAUUAGUGAAACCCUCGGGAGACAGUUCGGGAUAUUUCACUUACAGGGCUUUUUGAAAAUUUCCUUCGGACAAAACAAAUAGUUUGAUAUAAAAAGACCACUUAUAGAAUUACAAACAGGAGGACCUUAGUAUUCAGGAAGGAUGGCGCUGGACGGUAUACGGAUGCCCGAUGGCUGCUAUGCUGACGGCACUUGGGAAUUGAAGAUGCACGUGACCGACCUCCAUAGGGACGUCUCGCUGCGGGUCACAGGCGAGAUUCACAUUGGUGGUGUAAUGCUAAAACUCGUGGAAAAACUUGAUGUAAAGAAGGACUGGUCUGACCAUGCUCUGUGGUGGGAGAAGAAGAAAAUGUGGUUGUUGAAGACCCACUGGACCUUGGACAAAUAUGGAAUCCAGGCGGAUGCACGUUUGCUCUUCACACCUCAGCAUAAGCUGCUACGCCUGCAGUUACCGAACAUGAAGCACAUGAAGGUCAAGGUCAACUUUUCUGACCGCGUUUUCAAAGCCGUGUCUGACAUCUGCAAAACAUUCAAUAUUCGUCAUCCAGAAGAGCUCUCUCUCUUGCGCAAACCACGUGACCCCAAGAAGAAGAAGAAGAAACUUGAGGAAACAGAAGAAGAGCCAUUGGAACUGGAAGGACCGCUGGUUACACCUGGAUCAGGCUCUGAGAUUAUUUACAUUGGACCUGUUAAAGGGAGUAUCUACUCCAGUCCUGGGCUUUACAGCAAGACCAUGACUCCUACAUAUGAUUCCCGUGAUGGAAGCCCAUUGUCUCCUACUUCCGCCUGGUUUGGAGACAGCCCUCUGUCUGAGGGGAAUCCCAGCAUCCUGGCUGUUAGCCAGCCCAUAUCUUCACCUGACAUCUUAGUGAAACUCUAUAAGCCUCAGACUUUCUUGGAUAAAGCAAAGAUUAAUCAAGGGUGGCUGGACUCCUCUAGAUCUUUGAUGGAACAGGAUGUGAAGGAGAAUGAAGUGCUUCUGUUGCGGUUUAAAUAUCACAGUUUUUUUGACCUCAAUCCCAAGUAUGAUGCCAUCCGGAUAAACCAGCUAUACGAGCAGGCCAAGUGGGCCAUUCUUCUGGAAGACAUCGAGUGCACUGAGGAGGAGAUGAUGAUGUUUGCUGCCCUGCAGUACCACAUCAACAAGCUGUCUAUCAUGUCAUCGGACAAUCACAUGAAUAACAGUGAAAAGGAUGUGGAUGAGGUAGAUGCAGCCUUGUCAGACCUGGAGAUCACACUAGAGGGGGGGAAGACCUCAAAUACACUGGGUGAUAUAACAUCCAUACCUGAACUUGCGGACUAUGUCAAAGUGUUCAAGCCAAAGAAACUAACACUUAAGGGCUAUAAGCAAUAUUGGUGCACAUUCAAGGAUAUAACAAUUUCCUGCUUCAAGAGCAGAGAAGAAGCUCAUGGCACACCAGCUCACCAAAUGAACCUAAGAGGGUGUGAAGUGACACCAGAUGUCAACAUUUCUGCUCAAAAGUUCAACAUAAAGUUACUGAUUCCUGUGGCUGAUGGCAUGAACGAGAUCUGGCUGCGAUGUGACACUGAGAAGCAGUAUGCCCACUGGAUGGCUGCCUGCCGUUUGGCAUCGAAAGGGAAGACCAUGGCAGACAGCUCAUAUAACCUCGAGGUCCAAAACAUCUUGUCCUUCCUAAAGAUGCAGCACAUGAAUCCUGAUCCCCAGAUCAUUGCUGAGCCAAUCAAUACUGACAUCAAUUCAGAAUGCCUGGUGUCUCCUCGGUACCUUAAGAAGUACAAAAACAAACAGAUUUCUGCACGGAUCUUGGAAGCUCACCAGAAUGUAGCCCAGAUGAGUCUCAUUGAAGCCAAGAUGCGCUUUAUCCAAGCUUGGCAGUCACUGCCAGAGUUUGGAAUUACACACUUCCUAGCCAAAUUUCAAGGAGGAAAAAGGGAAGAGCUCAUUGGAAUUACCUAUAAUAGGCUGAUCCGUAUGGAUGCGAGUACCGGUGAUGCCAUUAAAACAUGGAGGUUCAGUAACAUGAAGCAAUGGAAUGUUAACUGGGAAAUUAAAAUGGUCACAGUGGAAUUUGCUGAUGAGCCCAGUCUUGCUUUCAUCUGUGCAGAAGUGGACUGCAAAGUGGUCCAUGAGUUCAUUGGAGGCUAUAUCUUCCUUUCUACACGUGCUAAGGACCAGAAUGAGAGUCUGGAUGAAGAGAUGUUCUACAAGCUGACUAGCGGCUGGGUUUGAAAUUCUCCCAACAGGUUGUGGUUGGUCUUAGGAUUUUGGAUGCGUUCUUUUAGUUAUGGCUAUGCUAUUUAAACCUGAAGUUUCCUGCAUUGAUGCUAAUUUAUAUUUGUAUUAAUGCUGGGAUUUUGCUCAGUAAUUUUCUCCACAUGCCUUAUGAAGUAGCAAUCACACAUGCGCCUUUGUGUCACAGAGCAGCCUACAGAACCCCCCCCCCCAUACACACACACAUACACAUACACACACAGGUCAGUUUUCAUAUCAUAAAAAUAAUUUCAGCAGCUUCUCUGAUGAGAAAUGCAUAAUGACUAAUAAAAAAAAAACUAGUUUUUUUACUUGAGCCUUUCUUCAUUGCCCAUCUAUGCUAAUUUUUUUGUUAUGUAGGUGAAAUUUUAGUAACGGAAUUUUACACAGUUAUGUCGGUCUUCUUUGCUAAACAAAUCCUCCAUUAAUAUUUGUGAAAAAUGUAGUUUGCUGUGUUGCGCUGUGCCACCACAUUCAAAAACAGCAGUAGGAGUUAAUUGUGGAGGAAACUAGGUAUAAGUUUCAGGAUUUACAGGGGACUUUUUUUCUCUUAUCCAUAUGAAGUAAUUUUGUAGCACUUCUAUAUAUUUUCUUAGAUUGUUUGAAGUCUAUUUGAAGAAAAACAGUAUUUGUUUUUGGACAUGCUUGGUUUUAAUAAUAGUUUUGUUUAACACUAAAAUUAUUAAUAUGCAAUUUUUAUUUGAAAGGCCUUGUGAACUUGCACAGGCAAUAUAGUGAUAAGGCCAAAGAAUGUGUUUGUAGAAAACGAUCAUGUUUAUGUCUUAUCAAUUUUGUGGUGUAUCUAAAGUGUGCAGUGUCCUCAGUGCUAUACCAUGAAUCGUGUUGUGAAUAAGGACUGGUCCCUGAUUGUCCACUUAUUUGGCUGCCUUGCUUUUUCAUAUUCAAACACUAUAUAGUAUUAUUCAGUUCAUGUUAUUUUUAUGCACUAGUAAUAGGUCACAAAAACUUUAAUAUGCAAAGUCCAUUACUCCUUGGUAUGAAGGAAUGCAAAUUAAGUGUUUUGUAAGUAAUGUUUAAAACACAAGUUUUAUAAAAUUGUACAGCUGUCAUUACUGCCCUUUUUCUGUUGUUUUCUCCAGGAAAAAGCCAUCUGUCAUUGUUACCAUUAUAUACUUUUUAAGAAUGUUUAACAUAUAUUAAAAAUAUUGUUUCAGACUCCAAGUAAGGGGAGAAAAUCUAAUUUUAACACUGAUUUUGAGCUCUUGAGACUGCUGAAAAGAGCUUAAUUUACUACUUUCUGCUUACCAUUAUUUUUCCUCAAUUUAAUUGUACUGUAUGCAUGUCUAAGCAGUCCAGUUUUGAAGUACACUUAUAUUACAAUGAAUUCUUGUGUUCGUAUGUAUUCAUACUAAACCUAUAUACAAAAUGAAGGCUGUCAUCACUAAGGUCUGGAGACAAGUUGCCAAGCUUUGCUUUUGAGUCUCCUCUUUUUAUCUUUGCCUCAGAUGUCUGAAACAGCGGUGCAUGACCUGCUGUUUUGACUGUAAAAAAUGCAUUUAUUUUAAAAAUAAAAGUUUUUAUUUAAGCAUU